AUGGAUGCUACAAUGGAUCGUGUUCUGUAUCUCCUGAAUGCAUCUUCCAACCGGGAUUUGACUGCGGCGGAGCAAGAGUUCUUUGAUGAGAAUUACUCCAGGUUCCUAGAUGCAGAAGAGGAGGAAGUUCGACGCAUUGACACUGAGGAGGAUAGUGAUACUGAUAACGAUGGAGAUUUAUCAGAUGCCGAUGAUCCAAACUAUGAACCAGAUACUGCUUUGUUGGAUACACGGGUUUCGCAGGCUGGUUUAGAUAUGGAAGAAGAAGAGGAGGCAGAAAGACAACAGCAAGGAAGCCGGAAUGGACAGGAAGAUGAAGACCCUAUUGCACCAAACAGAGGAAUGCGGUAUGUUGCAAGAAAUGCCAAAUUCGAUGACAUUUGGUGGUCAAUGCCGGACGAAAGCGAAAGACAAAGAACAAUAAGAAAUCGAAAUGAACGAAUGAGACAUGUUCCAAAAUGCACCAACUUGUUUUCGAGAAAGGCUGAGGUUUUCAAGUCCUUAGUUACUCCAAAUAUUGUUGGAAAUAUUGUGCUGGAGACAAACAGAAAGGCAAAGAGAACUUACGAAGAGAAUCGUUUGUCUCUCAACCCAAAGCAAAUGCGUAGAUGGUAUGACACAUUUGAAGAGGAAAUAUAUGCAUAUAUUUUAAUUUUGUUGUAUGCUGGAGCUGAAAAAGCCUAUGGGGUGGAAGCGAAGGAUCUUUUUCAUCCAACAAGUGUACCAUUCUACCACGCCGUUAUGUCUCUGGAACGAUUUGAACAAAUACGACGCUUUAUACGUUUCGAUGACGGAAGAACUAGAGCGUUUCGUCUUCAAACUGACAAAUUAGCUGCAUUUAGGUACGUUUGGGAUUUGUUUCAACAAAAUCUUGUUGAGUUUUACCAACCGUCAAAGGAGCUGACAGUAGAUGAACAGUUGAACGGCUCAAGGGGAAGAUGCCCGUUCAAAAUGUUUAUGCCAAACAAGCCAGGAAAAUAUUGCAUCAAAAUUUUUUGGAUAGUUGACGCCGUAAACAGUUAUCCACUUCGAGGUGAAAUUUAUGUUGGCCAGCAACCAUGCGAUAAUCGGUCCGAUGGCAUAUCUCACCAGCUGGUAAUGCGGUUAGCUGAGAGAUAUUUAGGCAUGAAUUACAACAUAACGACAGAUAAUUAUUUUACAUCGGUACCAUUAGCCUUGGAGCUAAUGAGUAAAAGAACAACCACGAUUGGUACUAUAAAGUCCAAUAAGCCACAAUUGCCAAAGCCAUUUACACCAGUGGAUAAAAUCUUUAAGCAAACUAGGGACAAAUUUUCAAUAAAAUUUUGCUAUUCGAGAUGCUUGCAGUUGUGUAGCUACGCAAGCAAUACAAAAAAAAAUGUACUAAUGCUGUCCACUGCUCAUCAUGAGGAUAAAAUUGAUGAGGUCACAAAAAAACCUGCAGUUAUUAUGGAUUACAACUCAACCAAAGGAGGAGUUGAUACAUUCGACCGUUUGGCAACAGUUUAUACCUGCAAGCGAAAAACUAAUCGUUGGCCUGUUACUCUCUUUUACAACCUUUUGGAUUGUGCAGGAGUUGCAGCGUAUAGAAUGUUUGAUGUCUGUCAGCCUAACUGGUAUUCGAGCAAGAAAAGGUCAGAAAAAAGAAAGAAAUUUUUGAAAGAAUUGGCCUUUGAACUUGCAGAUAACCAUAUCAAAAAUCGAAUAGCUAAGCCAACUCUUCAAAAAAGUGUUAAAACAGCAAUGAGUUUGAUCGGGUAUGAAAUUACAUCUAUAAGUACCUUACCGACAAUCCAACAAAACAAAGCAAAGCAACGUUGUGAUCCCUGCAAGAAAGAAAAAAGGGACAACAAAACUACGGCGGUCUGCGAUCUGUGCUAUGUUGCAGCUUGCAGUAAGCAUUACAUAAGAGUGUGCGAGAAAUGUUUUGUGACCAAAAGUGCAAUUGAUACUACCGAAACCGAAGAAGAUGAAAAUUUUGACGGAGAUUCACUUCCAUCAACUUCAGCCGGUCCACCAGCAAAGCGCCAAAAAAAUAGAAAUACAAAUUAA